UCGCGCCUCGGUCCCGAGUGCGCAUGUGCGGAGGUGGCUCCGCCCCUUUGCCCAGGUGCCGCGUUUCUCAUGCUGCCCGCACGCCUAACCCGUGAGUUGUUCCUCUCGUUGUUGCGGGCCUCAGCUCCUGUGGUAGUGCGCCAUGGCCUCCGGGAGCCGCUGCUCGAGAGAGGAUACGCGGCCGCCUACUCCUUCCAGCACCCCUCCGGCCUGGGACGUGGGCUUUCUUAUGGCCCGACGGCGACUGGGGGCUACGGAGGAAGGACUGACAUGGAGGAGCAAUUUCUGUUCCCUGAGUACGUCGCGGAGCCGGAGCCCGCGCCGACCCCCGAGGAGGAGCUGCAGCAGCAGCUGCAGCGGCAGGAGGAGGAGGAGCGAGAGAAGCAGCAGCGGCGGGAGGAGCGACGCCAGCAGAAGCUACGGGUCAGCCGCCGGGUGCACCCGAUCGUAGGGCACCCAGACGCGGCGGUGCCGCCCAGCGGCGUGAACUGCUCAGGCUGCGGGGCGGAGCUGCACUGCCAGAACCCCGACGUGCCCGGCUACCUGCCCAGCGAGAAGUUCCUCAGCGCCGCGGCGCAGGCCGACGGCGGGCUGGCGCGGACCGUGUGCCAGCGCUGCUGGCUGCUGGUGCACCACCGGCGCGCUCUGCGCGUGCAGGUGAGCCGCGAGCAGUACCGGGAGCUCGUGAGCUCCGCGCUCCGACGGCCGGGUCCCGCACUGGUGCUCUACAUGGUGGACCUGCUCGACCUGCCUGACGCCCUGCUGCCCGACCUGCCGGCGCUGGUGGGCCCCAAACAACUGAUCGUGCUAGGGAACAAGGUGGACCUGCUGCCCCAGGACGCCCCCGGCUACCGGCGGCGGCUCCGGGAGCGGCUGUGGAACGACUGUGCCCGCGCCGGCCUCCUGCCGCCUCGUAGGUACCGAGGGCCACAGGGCCCCGGCGGAGACGGCCCUGGGGACCGGGAGGAAAAUCCGAAUCCGUCGGCCAAGCCCCGCACGGUACUCAGGGACGUGCGGCUGAUAAGCGCCAAAACCGGUUACGGGGUCGAAGAGUUGAUCUCCGCGCUUCAGCGCUCCUGGCGCUACCGUGGUGACGUCUACCUGGUGGGCGCCACCAACGCCGGCAAGUCCACUCUCUUCAACACACUCCUAGAAUCCGACUACUGCAUCGCCAAGGGCGCCGAGGCCAUCGACAGGGCCACCAUCUCCACCUGGCCAGGUACUACAUUAAACCUUCUGAAGUUUCCUAUUUGCAACCCAACGCCUUAUAGAAUGUUUGAAAGGCAAAAGAGGCUUAAAAAAGAUGCAAGAAAAGCUGAAGAAGAUCUUACAGAGCAAGAACAAAAUCAACUUAAUCUCUUGAAAAAGCAUGGUUAUGUAGUAGGAAGAGUUGGAAGAACAUUCCUGUAUUCAAAAAAACAGAAAGGUGAAGCUACCUUUACGUUUGAUGCUGAUUCACUUGCCUUUGACAUGGAAAAUGAACCCCCCAUUGUGGUUGAAGACAAACCCACCAAAGGAGUAGAAUUGACACCACAAGAUGUGAAGGAUGCCCACUGGUUUCAUGACACCCCUGGAAUUACAAAAGAGAACUGUAUUUUAAAUCUUCUAACAGAAAAAGAAGUAAAUGUUGUUUUGCCAACACACUCCAUUGUUCCAAGAACUUUUGUGCUUAAACCAGGAAUGGUUCUAUUUCUGGGUGCUAUAGGCCGCAUAGAUUUCCUGCAGGGCAAUCAUUCAGCUUGGUUUACAGUUGUGGCUUCCAACAUCCUUCCUGUACACAUUACUUCCUUGGACAGGGCAGAUGCUGUGUAUCAGAAGCAUGCAGGUCAUACCUUACUGAAGGUUCCAAUGGGUGGAGAAGAGCGAAUGGCAGAAUUUCCUCCUCUUGUUGCUGAAGACAUCACAUUAGAAGAAGGACUUGGGGAAUCUGAAGCAGUGGCUGACAUCAAGUUUUCCUCCGCAGGUUGGGUUACAGUAACACCUCAAUUUAAAGACAGACUGCAUCUCCGAGGCUAUACACCUCAAGGAACGGUUCUGACGGUCCGGCCCCCUCUCUUGCCAUAUAUUGUGAACAUCAAAGGAAAACGCAUCAAGAAAAGUGUGGCCUAUAAAACCAAGAAGCCUCCUUCCCUUGUGUACAACCUGCGGAAGAAAAAACAGUUAAGUGUAUGAGGCUGACCUUGUUCACAAUGAAUAUUUACCGAACAUAACUGUACAUUGGAUUAUAUUAAAUAAAACUAUUUUUAUAAUAAAGCCCCCCUCCUCCCAACUUUAGAGAUCUUAACAGAUGGCCUUUUAAACUACUUAGACUGUGCCUGUCUGUAAUAUAAUGAGCUUAUAAAUACAUGUUAUUUUUUGUAAGCUGUGUAUGUAUCAGUGACCCAAAUACACCUUAAAAAGGAGACCUGUAAAGGGCCACAUGAACUAGAGACUUAUAUCAUCCUGAGACCAGAAGAACUAGAUGGUGCCCGGCUACAACCAGUGACCGUCCUGACAGGGAUCACAACAGAGAACCCCUGAGGGAGAUGGAGAACAGUGGGAUGCAGACCCCAUAAUCUCAUAAAAAGACCAGACUUAAUGGUCUGACCGAGACUAGAAGAAUCCCGGCAGUCAUUGUCCCCAAACCUUCUGUUGGCCCAGGGCAGGAACCAUUCCCGAAGACAACUCAUCAGACAUGGAAGGGACUGGACAGUGGGUUGGAGAGAGAUGCUGAUGAAGAGUGAGCUACUUGUAUCAGGUGGACACUUGAGACUAUUGGCAUCUCCUGUCGAGGGGAGAUGGGAGCGUAGAGAGGGUUAGAAACUGACAAAACGGUCACGAAAGGAGAGACUGGAAGGAGGGAGCGGGCUGACUCAUUAGGGGGAGAGUAAAUGGGAGUAUGCAGUAAGGUGUACAUAAGCUUAUAUGUGAGAGACUGACUUGAUUUGUAAACUUAAAGCACAAUAAAAAUUAUUUAAAAAAAAAAAAA